GCCGCCCAGGACCGCCUCACUGCCACUGGUGCCGCCGACCCGGCCGCGGCUGCCGCUGAGCUUCAGGACGUAUUCAGGCUUCCGGCGCUGGACGAGCUGCGCCAGCUGCUGUCGCUCCACGAGCGGCAGAUGGCGGCGCUGGUGGAGCAGCAGCGGCGCCAGCGGCGCGCCCUGGAGGCCGCCUGCCGCCGCCGCGAGGACGCCGUGCUGCAGCGGCUGCGCCGGCAGCUGGCCGCUGCUGAGCUGCUGGCCGCACCACCGGCCGACAGCCAGCCGCCCUCGCCGCCCGUGGAGGCGCCGAUGGCCGGCGGAGACGGCCCCUCCACGUCCCCGGCGGCUGCUGGGUGGCGCCGGGCGCCGCGGCCCGACCCCCGGCCCGAGUCGGGUCAGCUGACCUACCGCUGUGAGCCGCACUCGCCGCCGGCCACCCGCCAGGUCAGUGGACGAGGGAGGGCCGAACCCUCACCUGACCUGCGCUACUGUGAACACCCCCAGUCGGAGUCCGACCAGCCGUCUGCGUAUGAGCGGUACGAGGCGCAGUCCAGCACCCCUCCCGCCCGCGAGAGGCCGCCGCGGCCGGCCUCGGACCCGGUACCGACUCCGGUGGCCCGCCGGCUGGCGGCGUCACCCGGACUUGCAGAACACCCCGUCUGUGUGCCACCGGAGGCGCUCGCACCGGGAAUGGAGGCGCGCUACGCUCGGGUCACGGCCGCCGCCCGCGGCUUCCUCACCCGCAGACUGAUGCGCACAGAGAAGGUGCAGUCGCUGAUUGCCGCGGUCAAAGAGUCGAUGGUUUGCGCGCUCCGACUGCAGAGAGAAGUCGACCUCACCAAACAGAUUACCAAGCAGGACCUGGAGCUGCACGAGCGACUCUUCAACCAGGUGCGCGGCGCGUGCUACUCGCUGCACCAGCUGUGUAUCGCCUCCACCCCGCAGCAGCGGCUGGCGGUGAUCGCCGCCGACCGGGCGGCCCGCGCGCACGCCGCGGAGAGGAGACGCAGUGGGGACGCCGCUCUGCGACUCUCGCAUGCCACGCUGGUCUCACAGCAGCGCAGAAAGUAUAGGGAGCCGAUGUCGGGCCGGCCGGGGUCCGCCGUGCCGCGGCUGAGGGCCCGGCCCUCCUCAGGCGCCGUCUCCGUGUCGCCCAAGACGCGCUCGUCGCCGUCGGGCCGCCCGCGCCGCGUGGUGGCUCACUCGCCGCGCUCGGCCAGCCGCAGCAGCCUCGCCUCCGAGAGGACAGCCGCUGCCGGUCGCGCCUCGCGCUCCGCGCGCAGUCUGGUUCAGCUGGCCAACAUUUACGCGCCAAAUCCGGUGCGGCGCGCCAAAUCCAGCCAAUCGCAGCUGACGAGCGGCGGUUACGGCGGCGCGCCGCAGACGGCCGAGCCCAAGCGGCGCCAGCGGAGCGGGCGCGCCUGGCGCUGAGCGCCGCCCGCCGCCUCCCGCCGCCCGUGAUACAUCGCCGGCCGCCGCGCGCGCCCUGCAGGUACGCGCCAUGUUCCAUUGCACUCAUUUGUAUCCAACUUUCGGCUGUUAUCUUCUUCGGUUAAGGACGUCUAGUCGCACGGCACAACGAUGUGUCAACGAAUGUGUUUUGUAAAAUACGUGUCGCGAACGGCUAUCCCACGGAUGCGAGUUAGAACAGUGCACAUAUCCAGUAAUGGCUGCUGAUGUUAAAUAAAGAUAUUCAUGCUUUUC